AUGAUUAACGAGAACUAUACCGUCAACGAUGGACUCACGAACGACUGCGCUAACAACGGCGACACAAUUUGGACCUACAAUCAAGGCGUCAUAAUCGGCGGACUUGCCGAAUUGCACCGCUCGGUCUCCAACUCAUCAAACUCUUCUUAUCUCGACAUGGCCGGAAAGAUCGCCAAGGCGGCGAUCAACGAGCUCGCCGACGACAACUAUGUGAUCCGGGAAUCAUGUGAACCGGACUGCGACGCCAACGCCACGCAAUUCAAGGGCAUUUUCAUUCGAAACCUAAAGCUUCUACACGCCAUCGCGCCGGACGAGGAGUACGCGAAGGUAAUUCGCGCAUGCGCCGAUAGCAUCUGGGACAAUGAUCGCAGUGAUCUGAACGAGUUUGGAAUUAAUUGGGCCGGGCCUGUCAGUGCGAUCGAUGCGUCCACGCACAGUUCAGCGAUGGAUGCGCUGGUUGCGGCCAUUGACGAGGAUUGA